GGGCUGCCUCAAUGGAAGAGGGAACAAACAUGGCCACCCUCAGUGUGACCCAUUGGAGGCAGAGGCCCGGGGGCUGUGGGGAUGUCGGGGCUCCCACGCCUUGGAGCCCUGCAUCCUCCCUCAGCAACAUGGCUGCCAUCCCGCUUGCCCCGUUGACCCCAAAGCAAUGGAUAGGGUAGGCCAAGAGGCUCACCCUGCUGACAGGAUGCCAACCCAUUGACAUCAACCCAACAUGGCCGCCCAUUGGCAACAGCAUUGGCAAGACAGCCUGAGGGGUAGGGCCCUGCUCCCUCACCACUGCAUGGAGGCAAUGUGGUUGCUGUGGGCAUGGCCAGGGGACCAACAUGACUGCCCUUGGCGUGAGCAGGCACUGCCCUACCCCCAACUGGGAGGGUGCGGUAGCCGGAGAAGGCUGCAGCCUGGGCAUCUCAUUCAUUAUUCAUGCACCAGCAUCUUCUUUGCAUGAUUAAUGACUCCAGAAGCUCGUUAGCCUCUUAACCCGGCUGGCCCACAACAAUAUGGGCACUGUGUCUACAUGGUGCCCCUCACUCCUAGCCGACAGCCCUGCUGUUGCCCUUCACUCCUGAAUGGCAGCCUAUGGGUGCCCCUCACUCCCAACCUGCAGCCCACUGCACCACCCUGGUACCCCGCACUCCUGACCUGCAGCCCAGGUUUGUUGGCGGGGGGGCAGGGCAGUCCCAAGCUAGUUCUGGGCUUCCAUUAGCUAUUUCACCUCCUUUAUUAUUGAUCCUGGUUGCUGGCCUUUUGCCUGGCAGGGACUUGCUGUUCCAGGCUUGCCUGGAUGCCUGGGUCCCUUCUGCCUUAACCCUUCAUGCUCUGGGGAAGCUCCCUGCUGCCCUCUGCUCCCUCCCCAUUCCUCCACAGGGCUGGCUGAUCAGGGCCUAGGGUGGAGAGGUGAUCCCCAAGUAGACUUGCAGGCUGCUGGGAUGGAGGGAUGUUGAAAGAAAGGCAGGAGGAGAAAGAGAAUAAAGGAGGGAGGGAGGAGCUGGCACAGAUGGGUCAGAAGAGGCAGAAGAGAAAGGGAAGGAGAAAGCCUGUUGGUGGAAAGGGAGAUCGAGAUUCAGGGCCAGGCGGAGCAAUACAUCACACAGAGGGAGAGACAGGAGACGGGAGCCCUGGCAGAGGAGAAGACAGAGGGCGGAGGGACAGAGACAGAACCAGGCAGCGCUCAGACGGACAGAGACCAGGAGGAAGACGGUGUGACAAAAAGACAGGCCCAGACAGAGGAACAGAGCCAAGCCCGUUGGAAGGAAAGGUGAAAGACCAUCUGAUGGAGAGAUAUGAGGCAGAGCCUUGCUGAAGGGACAGCACUGGGCUCUGGGAAAGCAGGGAAUGUGGAAGACCAUGUAAUGGAGCAAUAGGGAGAGUAACGGGUGGCUCAGGGGAAGGAAAUGUGGACACCUGCCUGACGGAGAGAGACAAGACAGACCCAGCCAGAGAGGUAGACCCAGGCACGCCGGAAGGUGGAAGAUUGCAUGACGGAGAAACAGCUUUUGUGAAGCUGGAAAGAAAGAACAAGACAGGCCCCAGGUACAGAGAGAACUUGAAGAAGGGAGUGCGGGAGGCAGCGUGGUGGAGAGAGAGACCACAGGACAGAGCUCUGAUGGAGGGCUAAAGCUGGGCUGGCUGGAAAGAGCGAGCGUGGGAGGACACGGAGCCCAGGUGGAGUGAAGGGCUGGGAAGGAGGGAACAUGCCAGGCUGGUGAUGGAAGGAUAGGACACGGAGCCUGCUGAAGCAAGACCUUCGGAAGAAGAGAGUGUGUCUGGCCAGGGACGGAGGAACAGAAGGAGGCGGGGCCUGGGGCAAGAAGGUUUGGAAGGAGGGAAUGUGGCAGGCUGUGACAGAUGAAUAGGAGCGCACAGAGCCUGAUGGAGUGAGAGGUUUGGGAGGGAACGUGGCAGGCCAGAGACGGAUGAACGGGAGCACACAGAGCCUGGUGGAGUGACAGGUUCGGAAGAAUUGAACGGGGAAGACGGUGACGGAGGGAUAGAGGGGCACAGCCUGGCAAAGCAAGACUUGGAAGGAGGGAAGGUGGCAGACCUGUGACAGAGGAGUAGAAGGACACAACACCCAGCAGAGUGAGCGCAGGAAGGAGGGAGGGUGCCCAGCAAGCGACAGAGGGGGCCAUGGCGGGCACCCCCCCGCCACCGCCACGGGGUGACAUCCCGCGCAACCUGAGCUACAUCGCGGGGCUGUACGAGCGCGCCUACUACCGCACCGCCCGGCCCAGCCUGGCUGACGACUCGGAGGACUCGGAGCCCGAGGGACGCUCGCGCCGCUCCACCCGGCCCCGUGCCCCCCGGCUCCGUACCCGCCGGACCCGCACCCGCCAGAGCCGUCGGGCUCACUCUGCCCCACCCGGGCCAGGGGCGGGGGCUGGGGGGGGCUCGGGGCGGGCACGCAGCCCCGGGGCGCGCAAGCGGGUACGAUUUGCCGACGCACUGGGGCUGGAGCUGGCCAGUGUGCGGCAGUUCUGGCCAGCCCAGCUGCCCGAGGUGCCCGAGCGCGUCCAGGCCCAGCUACGGCGGGACUCCCUCAGCCACUUCCCACCCUGCCUGCCCUACAUCAAGGCAAGCAGUGGGGCAGCGCCGUGGGCAUGGGCAGCAGCAGAGGCAGAGGUGGGGGCACGGCUGGCAGCGCAGGCGGUGGCACUGGAAGGGGCACGGGCAGAGGGGGUGGGCGUGGCGGGGACACUACGCGUGCUGGACCUGGCCUAUGAAAAGCGGGUGAGCGUGCGCUACACAUGGGAUGGCUGGGCCAGCAAGCGCGAGGCCCCAGCCGCCUACGCCGGCCCUGCGCCACCCCCCCCUGGUGCCUGCCCACCCGCCGCACCUGGUGCUGACCGCUUUGCCUUCCGCCUGCCCCUGCCACCGCCUGGUGCCACCCUGGAGUUUGCCCUGCGCUACCGUACUGCUGGCGCCGAGUUCUGGGACAACAAUGAAGGCCACAACUAUGCCCUGCGCCCUACCGUGCCACUUGCUGGCUCCCCCCGUGAGCUGCCCCCUAGUCCCCUGCCCCUUCCUGACUGGAGCCGCUUUGCCUAACACCGCCCCGGUCCCUCCGGGACCUCCACCCAGCUCAUGGCCCUCACCCAGACCACUGGUCUUGGCCCCGCGACUCUUAACCUGCACCCUCCACACCCCGCCUCUCCUGCAGGCUCACGGCCCCAGAUGGGACCCUGGCCCCAGCCUCCAGCCACAGCCCUGCACAUCCCAGCCAGGGCAUCCCAGCACACCCCAGGUGGGUCCCCCUCCCCAUGAUCCCACGAGGCCCGUGACCCCUCCACUACACCCCACUCCGCCAGCCAGGAACACUGGCCUUGGUCCUAGGAUCUCAGGUCCCAGCCAGGCCCCCCAUCCCCAGCCAGGCCCCCCAGCUGCACCACAAGAAAGUGCCCUGAAAUACACUCUGCCCAGAGGCACCCCCUCCUCCCCCCCGCAGCUAUGGCCUGAUGGGGGGCAGGACUCCCCAUCUGCCCCUGAGGGCGGGGCUAGCUACACCUGGGGGGCAUAGCCACCAGGGGCUCCUCCCACCAGACCAGAGGCACCCCUGCAUGGAGGAUGCUGGGCAUGGGUGCACCACUGCCAUGGAGGCCGCACUGCCUGACAAUAAAGACAAUGAAGUCUAGACUGGCCAAGCUGGUGUGUCCCUAGUGUUCAUCUGUCUACCCACAGCGCGGGGCUGCCCGGGGUGUCUCUGGGACCCCUGUGGGGGGGAGGAGAGAACCCAGGCAUCGAGCUC